AUGCGCACGAUCCUAUCCGAUCGAUUAAAAUGUUAUAGCUCUGCUAACCAAACAAGACUUUGUGUUACUUUGGUUCAACAACCAAAUAUUAUUAAAACGAGUAUUGUCUUAACGAUAAUUCAUGAUGAAUUAACAUUUAGAAGUGGUGAAGUUAGCUCAAAAUGGUGGUUUUUCAAAGAGAAUACACCGUUUUUUUCAAAAGGACGUGGUCGAAGUCAUAUGGUAUCUGAUUUUCUUGUUCAGCAUCCAAGUGGACCCUUUUUUCAACUUAGCGAAGAUGAAUGGAAACAAGCGCUUGGAAAAUAUAAAUCAUUAAAUGCGGAUAGUGAUGUUCUUGAGUAA